CAGGCAGGAUGGCCGGCGGGGCUCUGCAGGUCGCCGGGCUGCUCGUCGGGGGCCUCGGCGUGGUGGGCACGUUCGCCGUCACGGCCAUGCCCCAGUGGAGGGUGUCUGCCUUCAUCGAGCACAACAUCAUCGUGUUUGAGACCAUCUGGGAAGGGCUGUGGAUGCACUGCAUCAGGCAAGUCAACAUCAGGAUGCAGUGCAAGGUCUACGACUCAGUGCUGGCGCUCUCACCGGACCUGCAGGCGUCCCGGGGGCUGAUGUGUGCUGGCUCAGGGCUGUCCCUCCUCGCCCUCGUGCUGGCCAUGGUUGGGAUGAGGUGCACACGGUGCCCACAGAGCCCCUGGCAAGCCAAAGGCUGCAUCCUGCUGGCUGCUGGGCUCCUCUUCAUCCUCUCAGGCAUCGUCGAGCUCGUCCCAGUCUGCUGGGUCGCCAACUCUAUCAUCAGCGACUUCUACAACCCCGUGGUCAACGUUGCGCAGAAGAGGGAGCUUGGAGAGGCCCUGUACCUGGGCUGGGUGGCCUCCUUCUGCCUCGUGGCCGCUGGAUCCACGUUCUGCUGCUCUUCCCGCUGCGCUGAGAAUCCCAGGAGCUACAGAUACUCAUCCCCGACCCACCACUCCCCUCACAGCCAGCGCCUGCACAGCAAGGCCGAGGGAUCCUACUCCAAAAGUCAGUAUGUGUAGGUGCCUCCUGCCUUUCCCUGCUUCUGCAUCGUUGUCUGCCUGGAUGGAUGGAAACCUGCCUUUGCCUCCUGCCCCACAGCUGCUGCUCUUGGGGCCGUGGUUGGGAGCUGCAGCCAUCCCCCAGUGGGCUCUGCUGGGGUGAGGAUGCUGCAGCAAGGACAGCUUUAGUGCACGGGAAGGUGAAUUUUUAAUGUUGUUCUAAUAGUAGCUCGGAAUGGCUUUUGGGCUGCGUGGCUUUGCUUUGGCUUUGGGGGGCAUUUUAUGUGUUAAACAGUAAUAAAGGGCUUAAAAUUACCCUGUGAUAUGAAAUCCUGGCCUAUUGCAAAGAAGAGCAGAGGAAAGCGGCUGGGUUUUUUUUUUUCCUGCCUGGGAAGGCAGGGAUAACAGUGAAUAAAGACAAGAUAAUAAUGGUUUAAAAGAAAAGCAUUCACUAAGGGAUUGAUUUACUGUAGGCUUAAUGGAAGGUUGCAUGGAGAAUUUAUUCAGCAGAGGAAGGUAAGCUGAAAUAUAUGAAAAAAUAUCUCCUGUUUCAGAGAAUAAACAUAGUUCUCUAUGUUUGUCCUAAUUACCAUCCUUUCAGAGAAAGUUAAUAUUUCUCUUGUAACCCAUAUAGGUCAAACUCAUUUACAAUCUUCUUUUUAGAAGCAGCAGUAUUGCCUUGCAAUCUCCUCGUGGCUUUACAACAUUUUCCACUAUCACACAGACCACAAACAUUGUGUUGGUUAUUUGCUGCAGGAUUGUGAAAUGUAUAUGUUUUUUAAACAAGGGUCUUUUGUACAAUCAGGCCAAGAUUUUUGGUGAGAUCCACUCACACCAGCAUAGUUUAGAGGCAGAAGGAACAUAAACAAUGAUAGUAUUUAUGUUCCCAUUAAAACAGGCUAAAUAAUAUUUUUUGUAAUAAGAUCAUGCCCCCAUGAUAAGCAACAAUGUAAAGAAACAA